AUGAUCCGGGGAAAUCCAAGCAACAAAGCGACCAGCUCCAACAGCAGCUCCAUAGGCCAAGGCAAGCGGAGAAGAGGUUUGACAAUACUAGAGAAGUAUGAUAUCUGUAAAAGGAGAACCGAGUCAAAGGAGAACGAGAAAAUAAACUUGGAAGAGUUCGCAAAGCUGUUUCCAGGUAUGUGAAUAACUUAAUGAAGAAUGCAUGUGAGAUAAUGAGAUACUUACUGGAAUAAAAAUGGUUCUAGAUCCGGUAACUGGUGCCCCGCUUUCGAAGUCCACACUUUCGAUGAUAUUAAAAAAUAGUCAAUAGCAUUUAAAUAUCGAUUUAAAUGUGAGCGAUAACUGGAAGAAGAAAGCCCCAAGGCAACUAUUUCCUGUCCUGGAGACUCACAUAAGCGAGUGGGUUUACCGGGCUCAGCUUGCAAGAGUAAUUAUGACAGACGAUGUGAUUCUUGCUGUAGCAAGAAAGUUUGUUCAAGAAAUAGUGGCACUACAAGAUGAGGAGGCUAGUGCAGGAGAGGAUUAUACAGGAUUUGAGUUCUCCUCUGGUUGGCUGGCUGGUUUGAAGAACUGGUGUGGAUUGGGCAGGGUGAAGACACAAGGAGAAACUGAGGUAGAUAACCUGGAGGCAUAUGGUAUACCGGAGAUAAAGGCUAGAUUAAGAGAAAGUUUGAAAGAUUUUGCCCCAAGGAAUAUAUAUAACUGCGACGACCUUGCCCUAUAGUAAGUAUUAUAUACCUAAUAGUUCUUUUGUGGACAAAAUAUAA